UGGAACUAAAUGAAGGCGGAGUCGCGAGCACAAAACGGCUCGCCGUGAUUCAUUUCAAGCCUCUGCGCGCUCUACGCCGGAUAUAUAACACUGACUGCCUUAAUUUCUCUUCAGUUCCUUCUCACUGGAAGUGAAACAUGGGAAAACAGCUUUUUCCGCUAUACCCGCGCGCUGAGCGCGAGAGUUGCAGGAGCGCGUGAGCAGAGUGAAAGCGGGAGAGCGCGAUGAGGAGCAGCGGCAGACUCAGUGGCUCACACUUAGCCGUGUUCAUCCUGCGGCUUCAGCUCAGCUUAAUGGCACCUCAAGUCUCCGUGCUUGCCAGCAGGGCGAUGAUGGAGGGCUGCCCACUCGGCCAGUUUCCCUGUGGGAAUACGAGUGUGUGCCUACCACAGGUGCUCCAAUGCAACGGGCACAGGGACUGCAAGAAUGGAGCAGAUGAGGAUCAUUGUGGUGAUAACAGUGGAUGGGCUGACAUAUUUGACCGCACCAUUACAAAGAAAGCUGAACCACAAGACCUCACUGAUGCCUGCUGUAUGUUUAUGUCUCUUUCACUGUUUCUUUCGCUUCAAAAAAGCUGUUCAGCAAUAUCCAGAGAGCUGCGACUGCACCAAGACAGAAGUGGAAUGUGUGGGGGUGAACUUGCGUGUCGUGCCUCUUCUCUCCUCUAACGUGACUUGGCUGUCCCUGAAGAGCAAUGACCUGAGAGAGCUUCCUGAUGUUGUCUUCUCUAAAUAUACUGACCUGCAGCGACUGUUUCUGCAGAACAACAGCAUUCAUACAGUGUCCGACCGUGCAUUCAGCGGCUUAUUCAGACUGAGAAAACUGUUCCUAAGUCAGAACAACAUCACGUCCUUGGGGCCUGAUGUAUUCCGAGAUCUCCAUAAAUUACAGUGGCUAGUCCUGGAUCACAACCCGCUGAGGAACAUCUCUCAUGAUAUUUUCAUUGGUCUCAAGUCGUUAAUAUUUCUGUCAAUGGUGAACACAUCCCUGGUACAGCUGUCUGCACUAAGCUUCUGUAACUACAUGCCUCUGCUCAGCUGGCUGGAUUUUGCUGAGAACCACAUUGAGUUGCUGAACUACUCCACUCUCAUGACAUGUAGUGAGCUCACAGUACUAUCAUUGCGUGACAAUAAAAUCAGGACUCUUCCUGAAAACACUUUUCAGUCACUUGGAGCAUUGGCAGAGCUGGAUUUGUCCUGCAACAGGAUUGCAGACCUUCCCAACAAUAUAUUUAAGAAUUCACAAUCACUACUCAAACUAAAUAUAUCCCACAAUCCUUUGCUUCACAUUCAUGCUGGUCAUUUUGAUCACCUGGUUCAGCUUGAGUCUCUAGGAUUGGAGGACAUUGAGAUUCCUGAUAUACAAACGAAGAUGUUCCUCCCAAUGAGCAAACUGUCUUAUAUAUACUUUAAGGAUUUUCAGUACUGUUCCUAUGCACCGCAUGUGCGGAAGUGCAAACCCAACACAGACGGGAUCUCAUCAUUUGAGGACCUGUUGGCCAACGUGAUCCUAAGAGUGUCCGUCUGGGUCAUGGCCUUCAUCACCUGCUUUGGAAAUCUCUUUGUUAUCGGAAUGCGAUCAUGCAUUCGUGCAGAGAACAACCUGCAUGCAGUGUGCAUCAAAGUCCUGUGCUGCGCAGACUGUCUGAUGGGUGUUUACCUAUUCUUUUUGGGUGUGUUUGACGUGAAGUUCCGUGGUGAGUACAAUCGGAACGCACUGCUGUGGAUGGAGAGCCAGGAAUGCCGCACCAUUGGCUUCCUGGCCAUGCUGUCUUCCGAGGUGUCUGUACUCCUCCUCACUUACCUGACGCUGGAAAAGUUUCUGGUCAUCGUGUUCCCCUUCAGUCAUCUGCGACCCGGGAAGCUUCAGACUGGUGUAGUGCUGGUCUCCAUCUGGCUGCUAGGAUUGCUUAUAGCUGGUGUCCCUCUGCUCAACGACAACCUUUUUGGCAACUACUACGGACGCAAUGGAGUCUGCUUCCCCCUGCAUUCUGAUAGGCUGGAGAAGCCCACCGCUAAGGGUUACUCUACAGGAAUAUUCCUUGGACUGAACCUGCUGGCUUUCCUAGUCAUUGUCUUCUGCUACUCCAGUAUGUUCUACUCCAUCUACAAGACCGGUAUCAACGCCACAGAUGUACGUAAUCGCUUGCACAAAGAUGUGGCUGUGGCCAAUCGCUUCUUUUUCAUUGUGUUCUCUGAUGCCCUCUGCUGGAUUCCAAUAUUCCUGGUCAAAACACUCUCCCUUCUGAAGAUGGAGAUACCAGGCACUAUAAACUCUUGGGUCGUGAUCUUCAUUCUGCCCAUCAACAGUGCCCUGAACCCCAUCCUCUACACACUGACCACCAGCUUCUUCAGGGAGCAGGUGGAGCUGUUACUGUGCCGCUGGCAACGCAGCUCGUCCUUAUUGAAAGACCGCAAGAGCCUCACCAGCACCACAAUCUACAUGGAACAAUCAAGGCAUACGUUCUACCAUUCAAAAGGCAAACUGGCCCGAGUCUCCUAUCCAGACGUGGAUGCCCGUUAUGGCUGAUGGAGCAGAAAAGUGCUGACCUCGUCAUCAAGCCCAUCUGCAUUCCAUUGGAAUUGAAGGCUGUACUACAGAAAAGACAACAGGGGAGUCUUGGUCUGCGAGUGGGUUCCACGUAGCAGUGUGGCUCUAGAUUAACUUGAUCUCUCAGGAGGAUGAAUGCAGAAAAAGGCAUCAUUGCUAAUGUACAAACCUGAGAAAAGGGGGAUUAUAUUUGUUGUCUCCAUCAAUGCAGACUAAAUGGUACUGGCCAGCAUCUUAAAGAAGAAGAGUAAAAAAGCAGAGAUACAUAAGGAAAUCAGAUGCUCUUCACACAGGUGCAGGACGCUGUGUGUAAUGUCAGUAGGUCACUUGAAAUCUCAAAUGAAUGCUCUUGACCCACUUCUUCAAGCUUUGUUAUAUGAAUGAUCUGUAGAAUGAUCUGUUUUACACAUGUGCAUUAUUUAUGAGUCAAAUUUCUGAUGAAUCUGUCAGCAACUGUAAAUGUCAUCUCAUUGAAUAUACUGUACAGUUGUAUACACAAAUGUCCAAAGGAUCAAUUCAAAGUUUUAAAUGUAUUUAUAACAUAGGAAAAAAUGUUACUGAUGAACACUAAAAAAAAAGCUAAAAAAAAAUUGACUUGUAAAAUGUAAAAGGUGCAGCUGUUGUUCAUAGAAAGUACAAAGUCCAAGGAAAUCCUUAACUUGGGGCUGUAAAUGGUCUACAAAGAUCCUUUGAUGUGCCACAGAGAAAGUGGCGGGGGGGUGAAUUAACAUCUAUAGUGUUCAUAUAGCUGCUGUACUAAAUAGGCAUAAGCACGCACUGAAGCUCUAUUUCUUUGCAGGUUAUUUGUUAAUGUAAUGAAAUGACAAUGUGCUAUUCUGUGCUACAGUAAUAAUAUGUUGUACAUCUUGCCAUCUCUUCAGUCUCUCAUCAGCUUUUGUAUUGAACUCCUCCCACUUGUCAGGUCACCACUGUAAAUCGUUUUAUAUGGCGUGCCAGGGUAAAUGAUGAUUAAAAUGAACCAGCUACUUUAAAUAGCAAUGUGCAUCUUUUUAAUACAGUUUAAACAUAAAACUGUCUUUA